CUCCAGGUCUUCCGCAUCCUUCCGCGCGGGGCACGCUGGACAGGACGGAAAGUGCCUUCUGAGAGACCGGUAACUGCGACCGAGCCACCCCGACCCCGUCACCGGCUCCGCCCCGUCGCCGCGGCCCUCCCCAGCGGCCAUGGCCAUGGCGGUGCUGCUGUGGCGGGUCUGCAACCUCCUCAUGGCCGCUUUCUUCGGGCUGGCGGCCGCAGUGCAGGUGAACGACCCCGACGCCGGGCUGUGGACUGUUGUCUACUUAGUGCCAGCUGCCCUGACUCUGCUUGUCAGCAUCAGCCCUUCAAUAACAGGUAAUGGUGUUUGGAGGAGCCUCUGUGACCUUCAUUCUGCUGGUUGUAUUGUUGGGACCGUUGCCUUGGCUUGCUCUUUGUUUGCUUAUGCUCAAGGAAACAUUUUACAUGAGGAAGAAGGCCGAGAGUUGUUUGGUCUGGUGAUAAUUGCAGUAUGGAUGAGGCUUUGUCGCAGUUCAGCCAAGAACCCACUGGCUGGAGUUCGCUUGACUGCUGCAGUGGUGGUUGCGCUCUUCCCCUUUGUGUCAUGGCUAUACAUUUAUGUGAACAAGGAGAUGCGAGAAUCUUGGCCAAUACACUGUAAAACAGUGAUUUAGUGGGUGGGAGAUAGUAUAGAAUAAAUAUUCUGACCUUAUUUGCCUUUGCUUUUGGUUCUUAAUUGAGGGUUCACAUCAGUUGGAGAGGACCCAAGAAUGUCUGGCUGCUUCCAGCAGCACAGGUUGAGAUUUGUUAUAGAAAUUGAGGAACACUGUCAAAUCUGAGUGGAGGAUUUUCCUGUGGGACGUGGUGUUCACCUGGCUUUCUCCUACAUUUUCAAAGCACUGUUGAGUUCAUGUGUGUUCUAAUGUUAUAGCCAAGAUACCCUGGCAUCCCCAGAUCACUUUCUAACCAGCAGGGAAACCUGCUGCUCUGUGUCAUGAGAGGAAAGUAAAGCAAACACUUUGUUUCAAUAAAUGACUGCUUACAGCCAUAAAUCUUCCAGAUACCUGCCUGAAUAGUCCACUGAGACUAAAAUAUUUGAGUGGCCUUUUUCUGCCCUAAAUAUGUAGAAUGUAUCUAAAGAAAUAUUUUUGCUGUUAUCUUUCACUGAAAAUUCUUAGU